UCAGCUAUUUAUUUAUUUUAUUUAAGUUAAUCUUAGUCACUUCGUUUGGCUGUGCUGACUACUAUAAUAAACUUCAUGGUGCUUAUGAUGAAAAGAUUAGCAGUAGUGUAAGAAAAUUAGUACAUUGCUGUGCAUAUGGUGCAGAAUGCAUCAAUGUUCCAAUAUGUUCCAAGACAUCUGUUGUGCAUUAGUGUUGUGGGUCUGACUUUUCGCUCACCGUUUUUCGUGAUUAUCUCAUCACAUUUAAGCCUUCAACUGCUACCGUACAUACAAUGAUCUCAACCGGGGAAGGCGACUGUAGCUCUAACCUGGAGAUUGUCCUUGGUUUACUUUUUCAAGCAGUAUAUUUGAGGAACAAACCUGUUCCUUUGGCAGAAGUAGAGUUAAGACUCCGCUGAUUCCGAGAGUGUUUUUCUCUCUCUCAAAACCGCAGAGAAAAAAAGCACUGGGGAGCAUUCAUCAGCGCUCUGUUGCCCUUUGUCUGGAACCUGGGGUCACAAAUCUUAGCAAGUGGCGCAUAGCUUCAGUUCUUACGCGUCACGAGCCUCGCACUCACACGAAGUCGCAAAUUAUACUGCGCGAGAAUCGUAGGGAAAAUGAACGGCAUUCACAUGUGCGUCACCCGUAGUUAAGAACAAAGUGCCGUGGCCGAUAGAUUGAAAGCUCCCCAUUGUGUUCGGCCCCAGACGUUUCUUCAGACCGAGCUGCGCUGUCGCGGCAGGGCCCGUUUGAUGGCUGAGUGGAACCACAUUUCCAGCUUGUCUGUAGCUGCAGCUGAGAAUGGCUGGGGACUCCCGAGCUCACAUGGACCACAGUAUGGAGAUAGGAGUGCUCCCGAGAGAGAUGAAGAAACUCCCAAGGCACAUCCGGGAGGGGAAGAUCGCCACCGACCGCACCCGCCUGAUAACCGAGCCGGUGAAGAAACCCCGGCAACGGUACGUCCAGAAGGACGGCAAGUGCAACGUUCACCACGGCAACGUCCAGGAGACCUACCGCUACUUCAGCGACCUCUUCACCACCCUGGUGGACCUCCAGUGGCGCCUGAGCCUCCUGAUCUUCACCCUGGUCUACGUCGUCACCUGGCUCUUCUUCGGCUUCCUCUGGUGGAUCAUCGCCUAUCUCCGCGGCGACCUGAUCCACGGCGACGAGGAGGACUGGACCCCCUGCGUGGAGAACCUCAACAGCUUCGUCUCGGCCUUCCUCUUCUCCAUCGAGACGGAGACGACCAUCGGCUACGGCUACCGCGUCAUCACCAACGAGUGCCCCGAGGGCAUCAUCCUGCUGCUGGUGCAGGCCAUCCUGGGCUCCAUCGUCAACGCCAUCAUGGUGGGCUGCAUGUUCGUCAAGAUCUCGCAGCCCAAGAAGCGGGCGGAGACGCUGAUGUUCUCCCACAAGGCGGUGGUGUCACUGCGGGACGACAAGCUGUGCCUGAUGUUCCGGGUGGGCGACCUGCGCAACUCGCACAUCGUGGAGGCGUCCAUCCGGGCCAAGCUGAUCCGCUCCCAGCAGACCAAGGAGGGCGAGUUCAUCCCGCUCAACCAGACCGACAUCAACAUCGGCUUCGACACGGGCGACGACCGCCUCUUCCUGGUCUCGCCCCUCAUCAUCUCGCACGAGAUCAACGAGAACAGCCCCUUCUGGGAGUGGACCCAGGCCCAGAUGGAGAAGGAGGAGUUUGAGAUCGUGGUCAUCCUGGAGGGCAUGGUUGAAGCCACAGGUAUGACCUGUCAGGCCCGGAGCUCCUACCUGGACACCGAGGUGCUUUGGGGUUACCGCUUCACCCCGGUCCUCUCCCUGGAGAACGGCUUCUACGAAGUGGACUACAACAACUUCCACGAGAUCUACGAGACCAGCACCCCCUCCUGCAGCGCCAGGGAGCUGGCGGCCGGGGGGGGGACGCGAGACCGUCUGCUCCUCCCCCACCUCUCCCUCCCCACCCACACCCACUCCCAUACCGCCAAAAGCCACCACCAGGACCUGCUGUGCACCCCCGACCCCCUGCGGGAGGAGGACGGGGAGGCGGGAGGAGGCCUGAGGGAGGGGACCAACGGUUCGGCCGCUACGCUGGGGCUUUAGACGUGACGCCGCGGCAACGCACCGCUGGGCGUAUGGCGGGCCCUGCGGCUCCAUCACAGAGGGGGCAAAAGCCUCGGGCAGCUUCAUUCUUAACUUGGCGGCGAUUGGUUGUUUUGAGAUCCCGGGUUGUUACAGAGCCUCUGAUUGGAGGAUGGGAUAUACGGGUGGGAGGAGGGCCUUUGAACUGUUCGAGUGGUCUUGGCCAACUUUUGACCAUUCAAAUUGUACGGACUGGAAGGGUUGUGAGGAGGACAAGAAGGGCGCCCUUUGCUGGUGAGUUGGAGCAGUUAUCUUUCUGAAUGAGGAUCCAUCACGUGACGCAACCGAUUCCCA